GCGUCAGCGCGUCACUUUCGUUACGCAAAUCCGCCAUUUUGUACGUUGCUGGCGGUCCUUCUCGCUAUACUUUCUUGGAUUUGUGAUUGAUACACCGAAAAACUAUUAACUACGUAUAUAAUUCCCAUUACAUAUUGACUGUGGACAAAAUAAACUGCUUUGUGUAAUUAAUUUGCAGCAUAACCUGUGUUUUCGUGAUUUGUGUGUGCCCUUUAAUUGGAGCGCGUGGCUGGAGAUUCUUUGUUGUUGGAUUCAGCCUAUUUACGGUUGUGUGGUUACUCGGAACGUAAACUUGGACUGCAAAGUGUUGAGUGACACCGUGCAGUGAGUGCUGUGCGACCGGACGGCAUCGCCGGUCGGUUCUGUCAGUGUAGUGCUGGUGUGACGUGCGGUUGUCAGUCGUGCUGUGUCAGUGUCAGUGACAGUGUGUUUGUUGUGUGUGGUGCGUUGCGUCCAGUGCGGCGCGGACGCGGCCGGAGUCACAUCAAUGCCGGUACGCCGAUGGAUCGGUGAUUGCGAACUGACUACGUCACAACUGCAGCGUUGGUAAAGUAUGCGACCGACCACCGCCCAGACUGAGCCGACAUCCACACUAAUGACAUUACAAUUGUGACGCGCUGCGGAGCGGUGACUAAAGCGGCUCUGCCGCUUUAAAUGGACAAACGCAAGAUGCUGCCAAAGAGAGCGCGUAUGGAUAGCAUGCGGGGUCCCAUUGCAAACGGACCCCUGCAAUCAAGGCCCCUAGUUGCAUUACUAGACGGACGGGACUGCACGGUCGAGAUGCCGAUACUGAAGGACGUGGCCACGGUUGCGUUCUGCGACGCGCAGUCCACGUCGGAGAUCCACGAGAAAGUGCUGAACGAGGCGGUGGGUGCGCUAAUGUGGCACACGAUCAUACUCACCAAGGAGGACCUAGAGAAGUUCAAGACCUUGAGGAUUAUAGUGCGCAUAGGCUCCGGGGUCGACAACAUUGAUGUCAAAGCCGCUGGAGAAUUAGGCAUAGCUGUAUGUAAUGUGCCGGGUUACGGCGUGGAGGAAGUAGCGGACACGACGAUGUGUCUCAUAUUGAAUUUGUACCGGCGGACGUACUGGCUCGCCAACAUGGUGCGGGAAGGGAAAAAAUUCACAGGUCCGGAACAGGUCCGCGAGGCGGCGGCCGGCUGCGCUCGCAUCCGCGGGGACACACUGGGCAUCGUGGGCCUGGGCCGCAUCGGCUCGGCGGUCGCGUUGCGCGCGAAGGCCUUCGGCUUCAACGUUAUCUUCUACGACCCCUACUUGCCCGACGGCAUCGAGAAGUCGCUCGGGCUCACCAGGGUUUAUACCUUGCAGGACCUUCUAUUCCAGAGUGAUUGUGUAUCACUGCACUGCAGUUUAAACGAACACAAUCAUCACCUCAUCAAUGAAUUUACUAUUAAACAAAUGCGUCCAGGCGCGUUCCUGGUGAACACGGCGCGCGGCGGCCUGGUGGACGACGAGGGGCUAGCAGCAGCACUCAAGCAGGGUCGAAUCCGCGCCGCCGCACUAGAUGUGCACGAGAACGAGCCCUUCAACGUGUUCCAGGGUCCGUUAAAGGACGCGCCGAACGUGCUGUGCACGCCGCACGCUGCGUUCUACUCGGACGCGUCCGCGCAGGAGCUGCGAGAGAUGGCCGCCUCCGAGAUACGGCGCGCCAUCGUCGGCCGCAUACCGGACUGCCUGCGCAACUGCGUCAACAAGGACUACUUCCUGGGAGGCAGCGUGGGCGGCGUAGGCGGAGUGGGCGGCGUGGGCGGCGUGGGCGGCGCGUCGGUCCUGCCCGCGGCGCCGCUGGCGCAGCCCGCGCCGCCGCCCGCCACCUACAGCGAGGGCAUCAACGGCGGCUACUACGGCGCCGGCGCGCAGGCCGCGCACUCCACCACCGCCGUGCACGAGCCGCCCGCGCUGCCGCCGCAGCCCGCGCCGCCGCCGCAGCAGCAGCCGCCCAUCACACUGCCAAUGAACACCUCGGACCCGGCGAAUCACCAGCUCAGUAAGGAGAGCUCCGACGUCCACUAGGCGACGACAAUACGCUACGUUACAGUACCGUACGCCGAGCGACUAAACAAACAUACAAACAAUAGUUUUAUUGAUUCCACGCAAAUAUGUCAUAAGUACCUAAAUCGUAAGCCAACGAGUGAUAUAUAAUGUGUGCGUCAUUUGCAUUGAGGCGCCGGUGCAGACAGGUGUCGUCGUAGCUUCUAACGUUCUGUUCCCCACGGAGACUCGGCUCGGCAUGCAAGCAAGCUCGCUCGCGAACCAAUGUGCUCAGGUUAUCAUUUGACAAUAAAAAAAUUACAUCAACAGCAAAAACUUAUAAAUAAACGAUGAGUAAACGCGAAUAAAGGCUAGUAAACGCUAUCGUCGCUAACGCUUCAAAAACUUUACGUGUGUGUGGUUGGUUGAAUACUAGGAAAGUAUAAAAUGUGUGAUUCAAGAGAUUCGUUUUAAUUAAGGGUAAUUUUGUAUGAGGAUUUUUUUGUACGUGUAGACGCGUCUCAAUGCAAACGGUGCGUUAUCGAGCGAUAGUUGAUUCUGUGUUUGUAUUUCCUAAGAUGGGACAGCUAUAUAUAAAUACUGUUAUAUGUAAAGUGCGUGUACAGUCGCGGGCCGAUGUGUGCCGGCGAGACUAGUGUGACCAGUGGUACGGUGGCGUCACAUUGUAGCGGGCGUGACGGGCGUGGUGCGCAGGACGGUGAAGUCACGUCCGCACAGCGUGAGAACAUCCCGUGAAGCAUUUGAUCGCAUUUCAUGCUCGAUAAGUCACCUCAGGUCCAAGAUCCACACCCGCAUGCAUACGAACUUAUUUUUAAGUAUCAAACAAUGGACUGUAGUAGAAUUCUAUCAUCACAUUUUGUUAACGAGAAAACAGGAGGUCUUCGAGAUUUUUUUUUUUAUUACGAAAUGUACAAAAUCAUGCUUUCUUUGAUUAUAUAUUUUUUUUUUCUAAAUAGAGUUUAAGUGACGAAUUUGUACAUGAACACCACAAAUGGGCGCGUUACCUAAUAACCACCUGUUUUAAAAUCGUGAACAUCGGUAUUUAAAAUUAGUAUUUACUUACAGUUUAGUUUAAUGACAAAAACAAUGUGUAUAUUUUAUGAGAAAGUGAAAAAGUUCUUAAAUAAAACUAUUGUUUUCGGAUUAAUUA